AUGACAAGCCCGGAUGACUUCAACGGCUACGGCUACUUCUACGUGCGGCUCUAUUGGACGGGCUUCGGCUUCCAGGCCAACAUCGUAGAGGAGUACAUCCUGCUGGCCGCGUUGCUGCACGUCGUGGUUGCUUUGAAGCGGACCUGGGACAUCAGCAUCAACUACACCCUGAACUCUGGAAAGAUGAACCUGGCGCUCUCGGGCAUCAGCCUGCUCACCUUCAUGAUGAUCCACCUCUACCAGUUCCGGUUCGGCGACACCAAGCCGUGGAAGCUCUGCCCGCCGCCCUACCUGCUGAACCUCGACACGCUGCCCCCCGGCCCCAGCAAGCCUGAUGCGGGAUGGGGCACAGUGCAAGACCCGGGGCAGAUUUUCCGCAAGGGAAGCUUUGGUUCUUUGCACUUGAACCUCUUCUGGGUGGACACUCCGGGAUGCGAGUCCGUGUACGUGCGUGACAUCUACCGCAUGGAGUUCGAGAUCUUCCAGCCUCUCAUUGAUGAAAGGGCUUGUGGCCUUACGGCCUACGAUGAUCUUAGUCUUAGUGUCAAUCACAUGAAGCUUGCCUGCCGCUAA